UAGUUGAUAAUUCUGUUAAAAAAGGCAAUUUGAAGAUGUUUUGACGGCACGAUCAGUACUUGUAUGAACCUUGCUUUUUUCAUUUAAUUUAAACUAUGCCUUUUAUUUGAUAAGUACAGGAGAUGUAAAAGUUGUCUUGCUGAUUCAGCCUUUCUGUCGUAACUUGGGAACGUAAUCCAUCUACAGAGGCUGGAAACCAUAAGGAUGAGGGGCAUGUGAAUUGGACUUAUUUGCCAUUUUGUAAAUAAGUGUGUUACUGUAUUGUUUUUUGUCACGUGGCAGUAAUUUCAACUGUAAAAUUGUACUAAUUAUCAGAACUAUUUAUGAAAUUGAAAUAUUGAUACCAUGUGAGGGCAAACAUUUUGACAGUUCUUGCCUAUUAUAUCCAUUGUUGAUGUCAUAAUUCAAGAAUUGCGUCCCAUGUCAUGGCGGAAAGUCAACAAGCAGCUGCCUUACUUGUGGUAGGAGAAGACGGAAGUGUCAAUGGAACGAAUGGUAUGGCGCUCGCAGCAGCACUGAAUGACCAUAUAGAACACCAUGACAACAACGAAAACAGCGUCCAAGAAAAUGGACAAGAAGACGGACCAACAAUUGAUAUUAUCAUUAACAACGUAGUGGCGAGUUACAGCACACGAUGUCAUCUGGACUUACGCAGAAUUGCUAUGGAUGGGAAACAUGUUGAAUACAAGCGAGAAUAUGGUAUGUGCAAUAUGAAACUACGGCGGCCAUACACCACAGCCACUAUUUGGUCUUCUGGGAAAAUAACCUGCACAGGAGCCACCAGUGAAGAGGCAUCAAAGAUUGCUGCUAGGAGGUUUGCGCGACAAUUACAAAGGAUGGGGUUCAAAGUGAAAUUCUCCAACUUCAGAGUUGUCAAUGUUCUUGGAACCUGUAUUCUUCCCUUUAAAAUCAAAAUAACAAGUUUUUCAAGGAAGCAUACUGAACAUGCAAGCUAUGAACCAGAGUUGCAUCCAGGUGUCACAUACAAGAUCAAGGAACCUAAAGCCACCUUGAAAAUAUUCUCAACAGGCAGUAUCACGGUUACAGCACCAUGUGUAGCCAAUGUGCAAUCUGCGAUAGAACAUAUAUUUCCUCUGGUGUUGGAGUUUCGUGCAGAUGAUGAGGACAUUGACAAAAGCUUGUUAGAAAAUGAAACGAGAUUUAUUAGAAAACAACGAGGUAUAAUUAAACCAAAACGUCCAGUGAUGAACUAUGAGGACUAUGAAGAUUACAACUCAAAUGAUGGCGAUAGUGACGAAAGUUUUGAUAGUGAUGAAAGCCAAGAUUGACUCUGUAGACUAUUGUUCAAUGUGCAAGCGUAUCAUAGUAUGUAUGCCUGAAGGAGUCUGUGAAUGCGUGAUGAAGACAUGAAGCACUGACUUUAUGUGAAUUCCGUCACUGAUUAGAGCUAUUGUUUCCUGGUUUAUCUUUAUGUAACUGAAUUACCACUUUUUUCCACAAACAGCAUAUCAUAGAGCAUAGACUAAAACAGUGACCUUAUAACAUUAAUACUUCAUUUGGUAUUUUCUUUUGUUUGGCUUGUUGUUUUUACAUCAAAGAUUUUUAAGCCUACCACGGUGGGCUGUUCAAAUCACCUUUUGUAUAUUGUCUGUCUAUAAACAGUUGUUGUUAUCACUAGUUAAUUCAGAAGUGCUGCAUAGAUCAUCCUAAAAGUUUAUAUGUAGCUUUCCCUCAGGCCGUUGUUGAAAAAUGAUCAUUUUGGGUCUGAUCUGGAAAUCAUAAUGGCUGAUGUUGGCCAUCUGGAAUUUUAAGUUUGUUAUCACAGAGGAGUUGAAUAGAUCAUUAAAAUUUCAUAGAUUAAAUAGGUUCCCCGCAGUCCUUAGUUGUACAUCAUCUAUUUGGAGAUUGGUCAGUGAUUCUUCUGUUUUGACAAUUAUAGAUUUUGUUAUCACUGUUUUCACUGACUUAUAUCGAAGAGAAAAAUUGUCUGUGCUCUCCACCCUGCGCUAGUAGUCACUGAAACUUCUUACUUUAGGUUUAUCUUCACCUUGGUUAGGAGGACUGUCAUUCACUGAAUGGACUUACUCAUCAAGCUCUUUAAGCAUUUGCCAGUAAAUAUGAAAAUAGUCCAAAUCUUCUCACUCUUUGUCAGUAGAGAACAUACAUUUUAUUAACCAUGAAGUACAAAUACUUGUUUCAGUUUUUUUCCAUCUGAUCCUUCUAUAUUGUCAUUGUUGUAAUUUUUUGCUUUUGAUUAGCUUUACUGAUAUUGUAGUUAUUUCAAUCCACAUCAUCUUUAUCCAAUAAGUCUAGUCCAUGUCUUUUUACCCAAGAUAUAACAUAAAGAUUGGAAAUGUUCUUUAUGGUAUCUUCAAUUUAGAUUUAUUCUGUUUUUUUUUAGAUUCACUUUAGUGCACAUUUAAAUAGAUACUGUUCAGAAAUCCUUAAACAUAUACAAAUGUUUGAUAAGGUGAUGUAUUGCAAAUUGUAAAUAUGGAAAAAGAUUUUGUCAGUCCUAUUUUUAUGCUCAUGUUUUGAUCAAUGCAUUAUAGCAAAAUUUUGGAGGUUUCUAUGCAGAUUAGGUACCAAUAUCUCUUAGCAAUUUCCAAUAAUAUUAUAUUGUUAAAUAUUUCAGUAUUUUUUCAGUAUCAUUGUGUCAUUUAAUAUUUAUAAAUGACCUGAAGUAAAUGAUAUAAAAAAAAGUUAUUUGGUGCAAAUAAAAUUGCCAUUAAGUCAAGGGUCUGUCAAAUGAAUGAAACUCAACACAUUAGGUUACACUGAUCCGAGAUCUAACAAAUAACACUGGACUUGCAUUCAGAAAAUGUUUAUAAUGAAGAAAAGAUAAAGACCAUCUGUGGGUUCAAAUUUCAAUUAAUGCUUUCCUGAAAAUAAUCGAAAGCUUUCCAGUAUUGUCUACUCAUACUCAGUGUGUUUUUUUCAUGAAUUACCUCAGCAACGUAAAAAAGUAAUGCUGUUAUCUUCGACAGUUGACAGCAUAGAAUUCUUAAUAAACAGAGAAUAGUGUAUACAAUUGCUAUUGUCACAACUGUUUUAAAUAACUUGUAGAAAGAAUUACCUCCAAAUAAUGUCUGUCAUGACGGAGCAUCUGCCUAGAUACCAGAUUUUUGUAAUAACUGACUAGCAUAGAUCUAAUGAUUGAUGCAACGACCAAACAAGGAGAGGAUGAAGUACGUGUGAUCUAUUUCUGAAUUAUGAGCAGAAAAUAAUCAACCCUUCCUCAUCCUUGUUUCUUAUUUCUUCGAACAUCUCUCUGUAUGGACAUCCUACCAAAUGAAUCCCAAAAAUUGGUUUAUUUGUUCACAUUUGCAAAACCUUAAUAACUUUAAGUAGGUGUGUGUAAAGCAGUGUUAAUGAAAAAGUGCUAUGUGUGUGUCCUUUGAUGAGAUGUGCUACAUUGACCAAACAUUUGGUCUCUACAUGUAUUUGUUGUUUGUGCUUCAUCCAUUUGAUAAUCAUUUUUAUUACAAGGAAAUGUUAAAUCUGUGCAUUUAAUGAAUGAAUGAAGGAAUGAUUGAAAUAAUAAGUUGUUUCUUGUGAAGUGUGUAUAAUGUAUGAGUUUUGCCCCAUAUGGGCAUUGUUCUAUAAUUUGAUAUUCAGAGAUUAGAAACAUGUUACAAUUUUGCUAUACUGUCUGACAUCACAGACACAAUUAAGAAACCAGGUGGUAUGUAAUAUGUUGUAAUUAUACCUAAUGUAUAGUAAUGUAACAUGAAGAAUAUAUGUAGCAUCUUUAUAAUUAUUGAGUGCACCGAUACAGUGACUUUAUUGAGAGAGUUUAGGUACAUAUCCACAGAUGUGUCACUUCACUGAAUCAGUUUGUAACGGAUGUGAUACUUUGUCAGUAAGUCUAAUAAUUUACCUAAAUUAAUUUCAGCCCAAAUUUAGUCUGUGGCAUAGAUCACUCUAAUUUUUCAACUUUUCAGGUUUUGAACAGAAUUCUGAAAAAAGAGAUGCCCUCAAUGUAAAACAUGGAAAGACAAAUAUGAUCUGUCACAAGUCUGGUGAGAAUCUGUUUUGCUUCCAUUAUUUGGUAAACCCCAGAAAGUAUGAAUGAUUGAUAAAAAGGAAAAAAAAAUCAUUUAAUUUAAAAGAUCUUUUCAAUGUCUAUAUCCAGUUACCUUGGAUUCAUUUUGUAAUAUCAGGGUAUUACCUUAAACCUUUCAACAAUGUCAUGAUACUGUGCCUCAUCCAUGUACAUGUAGAAUAUGUAAAGUCUUGUGUCUGGGUCGUUUGAAACAUAGAAUGUGUGGUACAUUAACUUCUGAAAUGCUAAAGGUACUAUGUGAAAGUUCUAGAUAUGAGAACUAAGUUUAAAGCUCUGUGACAAACAUGUCAUAUUACUGUACAUAUUAGGGGCAGUCCACUGCGAAAACAUGCUGUGUCAAAAAGUGCUAUUAAGGUAUAUCAUUCAUAAAUAAAUGUGCAGUAUAUAUGGCUACAUGUCGAAAAUGUACUUUGAACAACUUACUGUGUUAUGUCUUUACAUAGAGUGAUAUCGAGCUUGCACAGACAAACCAUUCCAUUUCCAUUCAUGUACAGUGCAUUGUAGUUUGAAACACAAAAUAUCCAGAUUCUGUAACAUCAUUAAUUUGGGAUUUAUUUCCCAUGUUGUAUGGGUUACUCUAAUCCACAAAUUUUUAAAUCCAUGAACUAUUGUAUUUAUCCAUAUAGCAAGUAUCCGCAAAAUGGCAAUCUUUAGAAAAACCAAGAAAAAUAGGCUCCACAAAAAGAUAUGAUUUUACAUAGAUAUUGGUUGAUAAAACAUCAGAUAAGGGAUUGUGUAUGACAUUAAACAUGUACUUUUUAUAAUCGAUGUUUUGUAAAUUCAAAAUGUAGACAGGGCAUAUUUACAUUUUAAAAUGUGCUAAGACUACUGUGAAUGUGUGAAAGUCUGUUAAUAUGAUCUUAUUUCAUUGAACAACCACAAUUUAGAUGAUUUUUAGGUCAAGAAUUUCCAGCCAUCUUCUGUACAUUGUAUAUCAGCUUGUAAAAGUGAGGCCUGCAACAUCCUUCUGGACUUUGCAGUACUAGUUUAUAGUGUACUUGUCGACCUGCAUUAUUUAGUCCCUGUGACUUGAUGUAGGAUACACUUGUCAACUGUUAAUGUAUUGGUGAACUGUUUACAUGCUGACUAACCUUGUACAGGUAAAUUGUAUAUAUGUUGACAGGCAAUGCUUUGUAGCGUGUCCGUAUAAAUUUACCCGUUGACAUCGAACAUGUGACUAAUAAACUAAUGUACAGUAAGUGCUGACUGACAUUUUGUAGGCAAGUCAAAUUAAUUUUACUGACAUAGUUUAGGUACAAUAUAUACCUGUUGUCAUAUUGUAGGUAAAUGGUAUUCCUAAUGAUAGAUAUGGUGUAUGGUACACCUAAUGAUUGAUAUAGAAUGUGAAAUUGCAUGUUGACUGACAAACUAUAGGUAAAUCAUAUACAUAAGUUUACAUACUGUAGGUGAAUUGUAGGUACAUGUACAAUGUUUACCUGUUGAUCUACAUACUGUAGGUAAGUUAUUGGUAUGUUGUUUACCUGUUGACUGACACUGUAGGUAAGUUAUUGGUAUGUUGUUUACCUGUUGACUGACAAACUGUAGGUAAAUUAUGGCUAUGUUGUUUACCAGUUGACUAACAUAACAUAGGUAAGUUGUCAAUAUAUGUUUUUCUAUUGCUCAGCAUAGGUAAAUUGUACACUGUUAAUCAAAGUUUAGGUACACUGUGUGAAUGUUUAUGUGAUGUAAAAUACUUUAAUGUCAAAACUAAUUGUCAACACUAUUGUAUUGCAUUUAUAGUUGAGAGGAGUCUUGGUAAGACACAAAAUUGUCAUUCAUGAAUGUUUCAUCCAAUUGUUCAUUUUCUAUACUUACAAAUAAAUUUGUUUUCAAAGAAAA